GUCAGAUUGAUGGACUCCUGGCUUUGCUCAAGCCAGAAGCAGGUGGGCAGUGUUUGGGGUGUGAUGAUGGCUGCUGGUAUGACUGAUGUGGCUGGUAGCUGCGAUGAUCUGACCUGGAUGAAGAGGCCCCAGCUGCAGAAGCUUUGCAAGAGCCUGGGCCUAAGGGCUGUUGGCAAGAACGCUGAGCUAAUCGCACGCCUGUCCUGCUACAUCACACAGACCUCUCCGGAUGAGGCAGUUUCCAAACCUCUUCCCCAACUUCAAGGUGACACACGCAUCCCUCUGCAAUGGGACACUCCGGAUGAGCAAGACCCCCUCAGAGUAAAGGAGGACUCUGGAGUUGCCUCGGGAUGGUGUGUCGUCCAUGGGAUGGAACUGCUCAGCUCUGGGUGGAGCAGUCUGGCACUGAAGUGUGGCCGACCUGUGGUGGUUGAUGGGGACUCUCUGUUUGACCUGCAUCUGAAGCCAGCAGUGGUGGAGACUCCCCCUCACCUGGAGGACAACAAGAUCUGUCAAGAAUGCUUGCAGCGAAAUGCUGAGGAGGAUUCUGUGAGGCGACAGAGGCCACCUAAACGUUGGUCCGGUAUUCCCCUCUUAAUCAGGAGGCAGAUGGUUGCUCCAUGCAACGAUAUCUCUACUCCUGCCUCCAGGGAUUCCAUGAAGAUGCACUUUGCUUCAGUGUCACGUAAGUUUGAUCCCCGCUUGGGGCAAAUGUGGUUGCACCAGAUUUGGUGUAUAUCGGCCAGCUGGGGCACACAGCAGAAAGCCAUAUGA